AAACUGGGUGUGGGAAUGGCUCUCCUUUUAUAGUUGCGCAUCAGAUGUUACCCGGAUACAAUUCUUGCAGCCGAAUCUAUACCUAUAGGCAGCAAAAUAUCCGACUUUACCAAUCAAUGGUUAGCACUACAGAGUUCCAGCAGAGUUCUAGAAGGCUCCAAGAUCCAUCGAAUAAGCAGGAGAGUCCAAAUAUUUGUUGGCAUGUCCGUAGCCCGUUAGAAAUUGCAAAUGCUAGAAUGGUCUAUUGACCCAAUAUGGCUCCUGAUUUCAUGAGUUCUAUCAUUCGGUAUCCAUUAA